GAUCGAGGUGGAAGUCAUCAGUUCAGUUUAAGAUCUUCUAGUGUACAACAUCGCAUGAUGUAUAACAAAGGAUAUUUAGCGCUAGGUCUCCUAGCUGCCACCCUUUGUGUGGUUUACGCCAGAGAGAUUAGCAGAAAUGAAUACGAAGAAGUGCAAGACUUAGAGCCAGCUGCGUCCGGGCAUGAGUGGAAGAAAGGCGGAGGUAAGGAGCACCAUGCGGAUCACCACGGUAGCCACGGCGAGAAAGGCGAUAAGGGAUACAAAGGUCACCAUACCUACGAAAAAGGAGAGAAAGGUCAUCACGACAAGGAGGGUAAGAAAGGCCACCACGAAGAGCACGGCGGACACAAGAAGAAGCACCACCACGACGAUGGUUAUUACGCCGAGCACCAUAAAGGCGAAAAGGGCGAGAAAGGACACAAGUAUGCUGAGAAGGGAGGCUUCAAGAAGGGUCACAGCACCAAGGGAGGACACGACGUUCACAAGCUCGACGAAUUCAAGAAGGAAAAGCACUUCUACGACGAGGAUCAUGACGAGGGACACCACGAGAAACACGGAGGAUUCCACCACGAAGAUGGACACAAGAAGGGCGGUCACAAGAAGGGAGGACACCAUAAGGGCGGACACCACGAAGAUCACUACGGCAAGAAAGGACACCACGAAAAGGGAUCUCAUCACCACGAAGAUGCCGGCCACAAGAAAGCCGGUGGUCACGAGGAUCACUACGGGCAUGGCGAGAAGUACGGCAAGAAGGGCGGUCACGAUGAACACAAGAAAUGGGGAUUCUCCAGUGGACACCACUAAAGAAAAUUAUUAUUUUUGCAUUGCUUUUAUUGU